ACCGCAUGGAAGAUAGAAAUCUUUCAACCAAUUCGAAUACUUUAAAUUUUACAUAUAAAAUAAGUAGAAACACAUAAGUGUAAGACUAUUAUUCCUUUUUUGCAUAGAAUCCGUAGAUUUUUGUAUGUGUAUUUUUUUUAAUGUAUUAUUAAUCAAUGCAUUGAGAUGCUUAAUACAGACAGUGAGACAGGUAAGGUCAUACUACUAGUGACAUUAAUUUUAUUUCUGUAUUACACUAUAUGGAUAAUUGCUUUACCAUUUAUUGAUGAUAGCAAAAUACGAUUACUUUUUGGUUCUCCAGACUUAGCUCUAAUGAUACCUGCAAUUUCAGGCUUAUGUUUUAUUGGUGGAUUAAUAUUGUUCACCAUUUACCAUGUAAAACCAUACUUCUCAUAUGAUAAAUUAAAUAAACUUCAUGAAUUAUAGAUCUUUUCAUAAAAUAUACUGAAAAAGCUGCCUAUAGAAUACAUGUACACUCUGUAAUAAACACUUUAUAUACCUCUUUAAUUCAACAAUUGUAGAGGUGACUUAUAUAACUGUACACUACAUUACUUACACCAACUGAUUGAACUGUAGGUUAAU